AUGCCUGUGGUCAACGUAGACGAUCUCGUUCGCCUGCAGCGGAAGCCCGAAGAUAUUCGCAAUAUCUGCAUUCUCGCCCACGUCGAUCAUGGCAAGACCUCAUUGACGGAUAGUCUGAUUGCCACUAAUGGCAUCAUCUCGCCCAAGCUGGCGGGCAAGAUCCGCUACUUGGACUCGCGUCCAGAUGAGCAGCUUCGAGGAAUUACCAUGGAGUCCUCCGCUAUCUCGCUGUUCUUCUCGAUGCUUCGCCGUUCUAGCCCAGAUGCGGCACCAGUGCCCAAGGAGUACUUGAUUAAUCUGAUCGACUCCCCGGGUCAUAUCGAUUUUAGCAGUGAGGUUUCCACGGCAUCACGCCUUUGUGAUGGUGCUGUCGUGCUUGUCGAUGCAGUCGAGGGUGUCUGCAGUCAAACUGUGACUGUGCUGCGCCAGACCUGGGUCGAGCAGCUGAAGCCCAUCCUUGUUAUCAACAAGAUGGAUCGGCUGGUGACUGAACUCAUGAUGAGUCCCAGCGAGGCUUACUCGCACCUCAGCCGACUUCUAGAACAGAUCAACGCAGUCAUCGGUAGCUUCUACCAGGGCGAGCGUAUGGAAGAGGAUCUGCAGUGGCGAGAGCGCAUGGAAGACCGUGUCAAUGCCGCUGCUAAGAACAAAAAUAAGAGUCAAGAGGACGAGUCUGUCCAAAGUGUCAGUGAUUUUGCCGACUUCGAGGAGCGAGAUGACGAGGAUCUUUACUUCGCGCCCGAAAAGAACAACGUCAUCUUUUGCAGUGCCGUGGAUGGCUGGGCCUUCACCAUCAGGCAAUUUGCUGCCAUUUACGAGAAGAAGCUUGGUAUUAAGCGUACCAUUUUGGAAAAAGUUCUUUGGGGUGACUUUUACUUGGAUCCGAAGACGAAGCGUGUGCUGGGCCAGAAGCAUCUGAAAGGCAGGGCGUUGAGGCCUAUGUUUGUGCAAUUGGUUCUGGACAGUAUCUGGGCUGCAUAUGAAGCCACCACUGGCGGUGGUAAGGGCAAGGGUGACCCCGUUUUGCUGGAGAAGAUCACCAAGUCAUUGAAUAUUUCCAUCCCUCCCUAUGUUCUCCGUUCGCGUGACCCGAAGAACAUCAUGACUACACUCUUCUCUCAGUGGUUGCCCCUGUCAACUGCUGUUCUCGUCUCUGUCAUCGAAUACCUCCCAAGUCCCCCAGUUGCACAAGCCACUCGUCUUCCCGAGAUGAUCGAAGCGUCACCUGGCUCGGACCAAAUCUCCGAGUCUAUCAAGGAAGCCAUGGUGAGCUUCAAGACCGGCCCCGAGGAACCGGUUGUUGCCUACGUUAGCAAGAUGGUGGCUAUUCCUGAGAGCGAACUGAGCUCAAGCAAGAAACGCGCUGGAGGCACCAUGACUGCUGACGAGGCAAGGGAAAUCGCUCGUCGCAAGAGAGAAGAGAUUGCAAAGAUGCAAGCUGAAGCUAGCGCAGGACAACAGAACGAUGCCUUUGAGAGAAUGACAUCCGCAUUCGAGACUACUACUCUGAUUACAGAGACCGAUGAGCCAGAAGAGCCGGUGGAGAAGGAAGACCCAGAACAUCUCAUUGGUUUUGCUCGACUCUAUUCAGGCACACUGUCAGUUGGAGACUCGAUAUAUGUGCUGCCACCUAAGUUCUCGCCGGCGGAUCCCCAUGCAAGCCCCGAGCCAAAGAAGGUUACGGUCACAGACUUGUACCUGCUUAUGGGCAGGAGCUUGGAGCCCCUUCAAUCCGUUCCGGCUGGUGUGGUCUUUGGUAUCGGUGGCCUCGCGGGCUACGUGCUCAAGACCGGUACUCUUUGCAGCCAGCUCGAAGGGAGUAUCAACUUGGCCGGUGUCUCGCUGAGCACCCCGCCCAUUGUCCGCGUUGCUCUUGAGCCUGCCAACCCGGCAGACCUUGGUAAGAUGAUUACUGGCCUGCGCCUUCUUGAACAGAGUGACCCUUGUGCACUGUACGAGGUUCUUCCCAGCGGUGAACACGUUAUUUUGACGGCAGGUGAAUUGCAUCUGGAGCGAUGCGUCAAGGAUCUUCGUGAGCGGUUUGCCCGCUGUGAAAUCCAGACUGGUGAAGCUAUCGUGCCAUACCGCGAGACCAUCGUCGAUGCUGCAGAGAUGGCUCCUCCCAAGAACCAAGACUUGGGCCGUGGAGGCGUUCUCUCUGUGUCCGCAUUUAAGCAGUUGACCGUCCGCCUGCGCGUGAUGCCGAUGCCUUCUGCGGUCACGGAGUUCUUGACCCACCAAGUUGGUACUAUCAAGCGACUCCAGGCAGAGAAGCGGAUGGCCGCCGAGACAAAAUCAGAUGCAGUUGUAGACAGUGCCCAGCAAGUUGACGCCGCUGGUGAGGUUGGCGAGGGCAACGUCCUAUCAUUGAAGGAAUUCCGAGAUGAAUUGGACAAGGUCUUCAACGAAGAGGUCAAGGAAGACAAAGAGCUCUGGAAGAACGUCGUUGACCGUAUCACUGCAUUCGGGCCUCGGAGAGUUGGACCUAACAUCUUGGUUGAUGCAACUUCAGUCAACACUUGCGAGAAAUUCUUGCUCGAGGACUCCAAGCAAAACGUCGUUUCUUCCGAUGACUUGAAGGCUCUCCUGGUACGCGACCUCUGCGACAAGAUCGCAUACGCCUUCCAGCUAGCCACCGGCCAAGGACCUCUCUGCCAGGAACCAAUGCAAGGCGUCGCCGUCUUCCUAGAGGAUAUCUCCGUGGAAGCCAGCUCUAGCGACGAGCUAGACAUGGGCCGUCUAACCGGUGAUUCCAUCAAGCUCGUCCGCGAGGGUAUCACGCAAGGAUUCCUCGACUGGAGUCCCCGCAUCAUGCUGGCAAUGUACAGCUGUGAGAUCCAAGCAACAACCGAAGUCCUCGGCCGCGUCUACGGCGUAAUAACCCGCCGCCGAGGCCGCAUCCUCUCUGAAAUAAUGAAAGAAGGCACCCCCUUCUUCACAAUCAUCGCACUCCUCCCAGUGGCCGAAUCUUUCGGCUUCGCCGAGGAAAUCCGCAAGCGCACGUCCGGCGCGGCACAGCCCCAACUCGUCUUCGCGGGCUUCGAGGCUCUAGACGAGGAUCCGUUCUGGGUUCCGGCUACGGAGGAGGAAUUGGAGGAUUUGGGCGAGUUGGCGGAUCGGGAGAAUGUUGCGAAGAGGUAUAUGGAUGCUGUGAGGAGUAGGAAGGGUCUUGUUGUGCAGGGGAGGAAGUUGAUUGAUGCGGAGAAGCAGAAGACGUUGAAGAAGUAG